AUGGCAGGCGGUAACAAGGAUGGAAAGAAGAAGGUGCUGGUUGUGGGUGCUGGAGCGGCUGGAAUGUCGUGUGCUCAUCAUCUUUCCGAACACCCUGCCAAAUUCGAUGUGACCCUCAUCGACGCAGUAGAUUACUGUGGUGGCCAGGCUUUUUCCAUUGGAGUCGACAAAGAGCGCCAUGGCGCCGAAUGGCUGAACCAAGGUGUUCAAGGUGGAAGCUACAUCUUCCACCACACCAUGACAAUGUUCGCGAGACAAGGUCACCACGCCGAUCCGGUCAACCUCCAAGUUUCCUUCGGCAAAGACGACAUCUUCUGGACCAAUGUCUUCCCCACAGAGCUUCUUGCACGCCAUCAGAAGGAAAUUCGCAGGUUCCAUACCAUGAUCAAGAUUGUCCGUUGGUUUGAGAUCUUCUUCGCAUUGAUCCCCAUCAAGAUUCUCUUCAAAAUGUUCUGGUUUUCCGAAGAGUUCACCAACACUGUCGCCAUGCCCAUGAUUGCACUUUUCCUGGGAACUGGAAAUGAGACGCCAAAUGUACCCAGCAUCAUCCUAGAACGACUCUGCACUAGUCCAACGUACGGCAUGUGGUAUCCGGUAGACAAACGAAGCAUUGCUAGCAAUUUGCCGCCAAUGGUCGUUUUCCCCAAGUUCAGCGAAUUCUACGAGCGUUGGAGGCAGGAUCUGCUAAAGAGAGGUGUCAAUGUUAGGCUGUCGACGGAGAUUACUCGGGUUGUGAAGCGAGACAAAACUGGUGUUACCGUUAGGUUGAUCAAGCGUACGCCCAUGCCUGAUUCGCACAAUCCCAACAGUGUUCAUGUACCCUACGACGACGAGCACAACGCCGAUGCGGACGCGCAAGAAAAGGAAGAGCACUAUGACGAAAUCAUUCUUUGCGUACUUGCCGACACCGCAAAGCGUAUCCUGGAACCCACCGCCUCCUUCCGCGAGAAGAAAGUCCUCGGCUCCGCGAAAUUCUCCGACGACAUCACCGUCACCCACUGGGACAGCGACUACAUGCACAAGCACUACGAGAACUUCUACGACCCAGAAAAGUCCGCCAAAGAGCUCUCCGGCGCCGACCAAACCGCCCGCAACCAAUACGCCGAGAAGAACUUCAAGCCCAUGUACUACAUCAAGAUGUACCCGCAAGACCGAUCAAAACUAGAAAUGUGCUUCGACUGCACAAACUACCAAAGUCAAUUCCCACCGGACGUCCCCUUCGACAAGCACAUUUUCCAGACUAUCUACCUCAACAAGGCGCGCGACGGCCAUCUAUGGAGCAUUGACGAGAUCAACAAGGACAAGAUCAUACGCAAGGAUUGGUGGCACCAGCUCUGCCAUUCCUGGACCCAUUACGUCUUCGUAGUACCAUGGAUGUGGCUACUCCAAGGACGAAAUCACACUCGCUUCGCAGCAGCAUGGACACUCAUCAACGCCCACGAAGUCGCUGUCAUGAGCGGUAUCGCUGCCGCUGUUGAUCUCGGUGCGCAGUACCCUGCUGAUCUCGAGCGCGACAAGUUUGCUUUCUUGAGCUUUAGGUUGUAUUAUCUGUUGGCGUAUGGAAAGUGGUAUAGCCGUAAGGCAACGAAGACAACGAAGGAGGGGCCUGGGAAGGACUGGGCGAGUGGGCUUUAUGGGAGUGUUUAUAGGGGACCUGGCGUCAGUGAGAUUGAUCGGCUACAGUGGAGGGAGGAGAAUGAUAUCAAGGGUGAGCCGGUUACGUAUCAGUAUCCUACUAAUGCUGGGACGCGGUAA